UAAUCAAUCAACACAUUCCUGUCUUUGUAUGUCUCAAUAUAAUAGUAUUAUUUUAUUAAAUCCAUGUAAAAUAAUCUUUGUCUGAAAAUAAAAUAUGAUCCUCAACUGCGUUUCCCCUCCAGUCAGCAGACCGCGAUGUGCGUCUUUCAGGCGACGCUGCCGGCGUGACGUAUAAUCUAGUGGACGGUUCUUCAUAAACAGCUCGUCAACCACCUCGGUAGCUUGCUAGCCAACGUAGCCGAAAGAUUCAAGCUAUUUAUACGCUUUUGGUGUAUAUUAGCUACUGUGUUUUCGACACACUUAGUUCGUAUCUACUUGUUAACCUAUUUAAUAUAAUAUUACGUUAUUAUUUAUUAGUCAGCUAUAGUAGCUGGCUGGUUUAGUUAGUACUAGCCUAGUCGCUAAUGAUAGCUAGCUAGCUAACAUCCCCGAACAUGAGCUCCCUAAACUACUCCCCUCUUGUUAAAGAAGAGGAUAAGGUCUGCUGGACGGAGAAAGGAGGUCUGUGGCUGAACAUUAACGUGAAAGAGGAGGAGGAAGAAGAGGUUGUCACAGUAAAACAAGAAGUAGAGGGUGAGGCUGUUACGGUGAAAGAAGAAGAGAAAGACGUUUCAGUGAAAGAGGAAGACGCGUUCAGAGUGAAAGAGGAGGAUGAUGUUACAGUAAAAGAAGAGGAUGCAGUUUUUGGAGUGAAGAAGGAAGGGGAGAUUACUGUCACAUUGAAAGAUGAAGAGGAGGAGAUAGGAGAUCUGAGUAACACCAGAGAGAGAUGUGACCAUCGUGGAUCGUCUGGGGAGCCUCAACAACCUCAUGAUGCUGACGAGGCAGAGAAGAGUCUCUCCAGAUCAGAACUCCUCAAGAAACACCAGCAGAGACCCACAGCAGAGAAAUCUCAUUGCUGCUCUGACUGUGGUAAAAGAUUCAAUUCUUCAUUAAAACUUAAAAUACAUCAAAGAUUACACACAAGAGACAAACCAUAUGGCUGUGCUCAAUGUGGGAAGAGUUUUGGAAAAUCUAGCCAUCUGACUGAACACCAGAGAACACACACAGGAGAGAAACGGUAUAGCUGUGAUCAAUGUGGGAAGAGUUUUUCUUCAUCUAGCUAUCGUAUUAGACACCAGAGAACACACACAGGAGAGAAACCUUAUAGCUGUGAUCAAUGUGGGAAGAGUUUUACUACAUUUUGCUCUCUGACUGUACACCAGAGAACACACACAGGAGAGAAACCUUUUAGCUGUGAUCAAUGUGGGAAGAGAUUUACUACAUCUAGCUCUCUGACUCUACACCAGAGAACACACACAGGAGAGAAAUGUUAUAGCUGUGAUCAAUGUGGGAAGAGUUUUACUAGAUCUAGCUCUCUGACUCUACACCAGAGAACACACACAGGAGAGAAAUGUUAUAGCUGUGAUCAAUGUGGGAAGAGUUUUACUAGAUCUGACCAUCUGACUUUACACCAGAGAAUACACACAGGAGAGAAAUGUUAUAGCUGUGAUCAAUGUGGGAAGAGUUUCACUAGAUCUGACCAUCUGUCUUUACACCAGAGAAUACACACAGGAGAGAAAUGUUAUAGCUGUGAUCAAUGUGGGAAGAGUUUCACUAGAUCUGACUAUCUGACUAUACACCAGCGGAUACACACAGGAGAGAAACCUUAUAGCUGUGAUCAAUGUGGGAAGAGUUUUACUACAUCUGGCUCUCUGACUCUACACCAGCGGAUACACACAGGAGAGAAACCUCAUAGCUGUGAUCAAUGUGGUAAGAGAUACUCUGGUAAAAGAUAUCUGAUCAAACAUCAGAAAAUACAUACAUGAAGCAGUUGUUUAAUGAUAUCAAUGAAAUAAUGAAAUGAUGUCACAAUGUAGAAUGUUUUAACAUUGUAGUAGGAGUAUUUUAAUGAUGUCACAAUGUAGAACCCUAAAUGUUUGUCCCCUGUUCUAUUGAUUUCAACAUGAUAUGGAUAUUAGCCUCAGGGGGAAAAUCCAGGCUCUGAAUUGAAAGAGUACUAUUUAUGUGAUUUAACAAAAAGUGACAACCAAAAAAAAGAGUUAUGUUCCUAGCUGUUUACCACGUUAGUGACACACUUGAAUCAAAAUGUAGCUAGCUGUUUUCUACAAGUUGUCCUCUAACCAGGGAUGUACACAUUAUUACCAGAUUCCGUGUGGUUUAUGCUGCGUUAGUUAUUGAGCUGUUAGUUUUAACAGGACGUGCAACCUCAUCUCCCUCCUGUCGCACAAUUGAUUUCAACAUGAUAUCGUUGAGUGAUGACAAAUAAGUGUUGUGUUCCUUUGUUUAGCGUCCCCUACAUUUAAAUGCAUCACUCCAAAAUGUAGCUGACUGUCUUCUGCAGGUUGUCCUCUAACCAGUGAGGUUAAAGAUAUCUCCCAUUUCCAUGUGUUUUUUUAGUUGUGUUAGUUUCAACAGCACGUACAACCUGAUUUCCCCCCUAAUUGAUAUCAGUGAUUUAUUGCUAUUUGUCAAAACAACAGCGUUUCUGGUUUAUAAGGAGCUUGUUUAAAAAAAUACAAGUAAUGUGAAUAUUGUGGCAGAUGUUUGUGUAUUUAGCAUAUUUUAUGUUUAGGCUUUCAAUAUAUCACAAACUGUUUCUGCAUAUUAGUUAUUGAUAAUUGAAUUUAUAUGUUUACGGUAAUGACUAAAGGAUUACACCCUGAAAUGUAUAACUGUGUAAAGAUUUUGAAUUAAUAGACUAAUUCUCUAAUGUGUGUGUAUAGGACAAGUUAAGAUUUUACUAUUUAGCAAUUAAAGUGAGACAUUCAAGGAAAAGAGGAACUGUUAACAGCUUGUGACAGACAACUUAUGACCACUGUGUAACUGAUAACAGGAAGGAGGUCUCCCCACCCAGGGAGGGGAGAAACCGUUAGGCUUGCAGUAGAUAACAUGUUGCAGGAUAUGAUACGUAAUGUAUGUGUUGGAGAAGACUUGUAAACAGCAUUGACGGUGUUUGAGAAGAGUGGGGGCGUUUAUAUGACCAAAUGUGAGGUAUAAAAGGCUAUGCGCUUGUAUGAUUUUCAGAGCUCUCUGAAUAAAGAACUAACAUUUUGCACAAA